UGGUUGGGCCGCCGUCGUCUUUCACUCUCUCUACUUGUAUCUCUCUCUGGCAUUCUCCUCUUGCAAUCGCAAACCCUUCCUCACAGACCAACGCUUCCAUCGCCAAAUCUCGCUAUGUACAGCACAGCCGCCUCAAGAGCUAGGUCUCUCAAGCGCCUGACAGGUUCUAGAGGAUGGGUUAGAUAUGCAACUACUGCUGCUGCAACCCAGUCAUCAUCUGCAGGUCUCUUCAGUUGGUUGACGGGAGAGAAGUCAUCCUCACUUUCAUCACUGGACUUCCCCCUUAAGGAUGUCACUCUUCCUUCUCCACUACCUGACUACGUUGAGCCUGGAAAAACUAGGAUUACCACUCUUCCAAAUGGUUUCAGAAUUGCCUCCGAAACUUCUGCGACUCCUGUUGCUUCAAUCGGCUUACAUGUUGAUUGUGGCUCAAUCUAUGAAUCUCCAGAUUCAUUUGGUGCAACACAUCUGUUGGAGCGAAUGGCCUUCAAAAGUACCCUGAAUAGGAGCCACUUGCGCAUUGUACGAGAAGUGGAGGCAAUUGGUGGUAACGUAACUGCAUCAGGAUCACGGGAACAUAUCAGUUAUACAUAUGACGCACUAAAAACUUAUGUUCCUCAAAUGGUAGAGCUCCUGAUCGAUUGUGUAAGGAACCCUGCAUUUUUGGAUUGGGAAGUUAGCGAACAGCUUCGCAAGGUCUCUGAUGAUAUUAGUGAAAGCUCCAAAGAUCCUCACCACUUGCUGAUGGAGGCCAUUCAUUCAACUGGCUAUUCCGGUCCUUAUGCAAAUGCUCUCUUGGCUUCUGAAUCUGGAGUUCACCAUUUGAACAGCACUGUGCUAGAGAAGUUUGUUACUAAUAACUACACAGCUUCUAGAAUGGUCCUUGCUGCAUCAGGUGUUGACCAUGAUAAGUUGGUGGAAUAUGCAAAGCCACUUGUUUCUGAUCUACCUAAUGUUCCUCAUCCUUCUGCUCCAAAGCCAAUUUAUACAGGAGGCGAUUUCCGCCUCAGUGGUCCUUCAGGGGUUACCCACUUUGCUAUUGCCUUUGAACUUCCUGGUGGAUGGAUCAAAGAAAAGGAUGCUAUAACAUUAACUGUUCUUCAGAUGCUGAUGGGUGGAGGUGGAUCUUUCUCAGCUGGUGGUCCUGGGAAAGGGAUGUACUCAAGAUUAUAUCUCCGUGUACUGAAUGAGCAACCUGCGAUUCAGUCCUUUACGGCAUUCAACAGCAUUUGCAAUCACAGUGCAUUAUUUGGAAUUCAAGCAUCCGCAGAAUCUGAUUUUGCAGCUCAUGCCGUUGAGAUAGCUGCUUCAGAGCUCAUUACUGUUGCAACUCCUGGACAAGUUGAUGCGGUGCAAUUAAAUCGUGCUAAACAGGCUACAAAAGCUGCCAUUUUGAUGAACCUAGAAUCCAGAAUGGUUGCUUCAGAAGACAUAGGCAAACAAAUUUUAACAUAUGGAGAGAGGAAACCGAUUGGUCAUUUUCUGAAGGCAGUUGAUGAAGUUACCAUUGAAGAUAUUACUAAAACUACCCAAAAGCUUUGGUCAACUCCCCUCACCAUGGCAUCUUAUGGCGACGUGCAUCUUCUGCCAACCUACGAAGCAGUUAGCAGGGUUUUCCAAUAAAAACCCAAGUUGUCCGUGUGUGGCUCUGAUGGGACUGUUGAUGAUGGCCGUAUUAUCUCUGAAGGCGACUUGAAUCUCGGCUGCCUUUGGAUGGAUAUUCAAUGGAGAUGGGGACAAUGGACCCUUCUCUUUGGACAAUAAAUUAUGAGCUACUACUAGGCAGGAAAGCCAUUUUCACACACAAAUAUGUUACUUUGCGAAUUAGCAUACCAAUUUUUAUUAUGAUUGAGGUUCUUGUUGA